AUGGUCUAUUUCCCAGAAGCCUCGCGGGAGCGGGAUCUUCAUCGAUACUACCGUCCAUGGCUCGACGCCCAAAGCCUCGUGGAUGCCGACGGCGGUGGCAAGCCAUUGACCUACUCCGGAUUCCAGCCCCAGGCUUCGCGCGACCGUUCCCUGACGGCUUUUGCCCAACUAGCCACACUGCGCCUAGACACGCGCCGGGCCAUGGUCUCGCUCAUCGACUCGAAUCGACAGUACAUUCUCGCCGAAGCAACGCGCACUCUCUCGCUGUUCAAGCCUGUCGCCGAAGAGCCUGAAGACGAAGUCUGGCUGGGCAAUGCCAUCUUGAACAAGACUGAUGCAGUGUGCUACCACACCUUCACCUCGACGUAUGCUGCAAAGGAGGAGAAUGGCGACACGAUCGAAGCCGAGGGCAUGGUUAUACCCGAUUGUAGGCUGGAUCCCCGCUUCGCUGACAAGGACUAUGUCAAGUCCGAGCCUGGCGUGCGCUUCUAUGCAGGCGUUCCCAUUGUUACAAAGGCAGGUCAUCGCAUUGGCGUGUAUGCCGUCUCCGACGAGAACCCUCGCGCUGGCAUUAGUGCCAGCGAACUGCGCUUCAUGCAGGAUGUUGCGGCUGCCGUCAUGGAGCAUCUUGAACUGGCCAAAGAUAGCAUGGACCGGAACAAGGGUGAGCGCAUGGUCCGGGGCUUGACACAGUUCAUCGAGCGCUCCUCGGCCCAGGACAUGCGUGAUGAUGGUAAUCGGCCUACGACCAUGGAGCGCCAGACCGAGAACUCGCGUCUGACGACACUAGAUGAGGAAGAGGAAGGAGGCUCUGGUACAUCGGCACAUGUGACGGCCAGUAGGCAAGCUCAACGCAAGCGUGACACCGAAUCAGAUGCUGCGCGUAUCUUCCACAGGGCUGCUCGUGUGAUACGCCAGAGCACCGAGGCGGAUGGUGUCGUGUUCUUUGAUACGUCGACAGCUGGCAUACGCACUCAUCUCUACGACUACAAUAGAAACGCGGGUAGUAGCGAUGAGAGCGCCACCCACAACACUGACACUGGUGAUUCGACCACGUCGCGGAGGCAGAAGAAGCAGAACUCCAUCAAUACUAGCGGUACAACAGAUACGUCUGGGGUAGACAGCAAACCGUGUCCGGUGAUUGGACUUUCUUUGCGAGAAGGAAACGCAGCUUUGGUGCACACUGACUUUAGCUUCAACGAGGCUGCUAUGGAACGCUACAUUCAUAGGUAUCCUUAUGGCAAGUUUUUCAAUUAUGACGAGGAUGGAAAGGGAGUCAAUUCGUCUGAUGAGAAAUCGGAACGCUCCGAAACAGAACAAUCGGAUCGGACUGGCAAUGGUACCGCCACUGGCAACAAGAAACCGCGCAAGAAGCGGGAAAGUUUUGUUCCCACAGAGUUUCUGAGGGUCUUGCCCAAAGUUAGAAGUCUGAUAUUCCUGCCUUUGUGGGACCCUGCCUCUGAGAAAUGGAUUGCAGGGGGCUUCAUCUGGACCACCCAAGCCGGGAGGCUGAUGAGCCCUGACAACGAACUGCCAUAUCUACAGGCGUUCGGAAAUUCAGUGACCAGCGAGAUUGCACGACUAAACGCACAAAAGGCCGACCGUGCCAAGACUACCUUUAUUGCCUCAAUCUCGCACGAGCUACGGUCGCCGCUCCACGGCAUCCUCGGCUCUGUCGAGUUCCUGCGUGAGACUGUUGCAUCGGCAUACCAGGAGUCUCUUGUUUCUUCUAUCGAGACAUGUGGCAAGACUUUACUUGACACUAUUGACCACGUGCUUGACUAUGCAAAGAUCAACAAACUGCAAAGAGGAAACACCGGCCAUAAACAUAGAACCACUGGACGCAACAAGAGACUCCCAGCUGAUAACUCGAUUCUUGGCGUUACUUCCGAUGUCGAUCUAGCCCAACUAGUCGAGGAGGUGUGCGAUACUGUAUGCGCUGGGCAUACAUUUAGGAAGACACAUCACAUCAAGGGAUCUGCCAUCUACGAUCAGGCUGAAAGCACGACAAACUACAAGAAAGACGCUAGCGAUGGCCAGGAUGUGGAAGGAAGAGACACUCAUGGUUCAGUCGCUGUGUCGCUCAUUGUAGCCCCAUAUGUUAGCUGGAUAGUUCGUUCGCAGCCCGGUGCUCUCCGACGGAUCGUCAUGAACUUACUAGGCAACGCCCUGAAGUAUACGGAUUCUGGUUAUGUUGCCAUCAAGAUGGUGCAGAACAAUACCACUGCCAACUUCAUGAAUCUGUCUAUCAGCGUCGAAGAUUCGGGUAGGGGAAUGUCACCGGAGUACCAGCGAACCAAGCUCUUUUCCCCAUUCAGUCAGGAGGACCCAUUCAGCUCUGGUACUGGAUUAGGGCUUUCGAUCGUCAAACAAAUCAUCGAAUCUCUCAAAGGCGAAAUUGAGGUCAGGAGUACUCAGAAUGUCGGCACUGUCAUCACAAUCAACAUGCGCCUACCGGUUGGUCUGAAGGAAAACGCGCACCAAGACCAUGCCCUUUUAUGCGCACCCCAGGAGCUGAAGGGUACAUCGGUCAACAUUAUUUGCGAUAUGACUGACACCCAAGGUGGUGAACGUGGAAAGAAGACCAAGGAAUCCAUGGAGAAUGCCUGCAAGAACUUCGACAUGAAGAUUAUCGAAUCGAGGCACUCCGAGAAGCUCCCCGACAGAGAAGCCCCGCUUACCGAGGUUGACUUCCUUCUCACAGACUCUGCUUCCCUCUUCCAGCUCAUAAAUGGCGGGUCAAACGCUGGCCGAACUAAUAGAAAGCCAUUGGGUGUGGUAUGCGUCUGUACAGACACAUCUGAAAAGAUAGCCGUAGAGACUCAACUUUCCAGACAUGUCGAUACAUUGGGCUGGAUAAUUGAGGUACUUACGCAACCAUGCGGCCCACGCAAACUGGCCCGGACACUCUUAUCAUGCCAAAAGCGCGCCGAGCAGCACGGUAGCGAACGUCCCAUCAGCCGAUCCAUGAGUUCCUCAAUAGUUCAACCGGACUUCCAACCCCUCUCUCCCUCCCGCAACAUGGCCCAUCGCAGCCUCAGCGACAUGUACCCCCAGGAAGUCUCCAAACAAUUCAACCCAUCAGCCGGCUACCCCUCACCGCCCCUCCCCCAACAAAUGCCUACAACCUCCACCCCGCAAGCCUCCAGCCACAGCGAAACAGGCGAAUACUUCAACCCCCGCGUCCUACUCGUAGACGACAAUGCCAUCAACCUCAAGCUCCUCGUCGUCUUCGCCAAGCGCCAAAAUCUGCGCUAUGAAGAAGCUACCAACGGCCUAGAAGCGUUUAAUACGUAUAAGAAUGAGGCGAAUUCGUCGUCCCCGCCAUCAAGACCCUUUGACUUUGUUCUCAUGGAUCUUAGCAUGCCUGUCAUGGAUGGUCUGACUAGCACACGCAAUAUCCGCCAGUUCGAAAGCGCGAAUGGGCUACCGAAGAGUCAGAUUGUGGCGCUCACAGGCUUGGCUAGUGCACAGGAUCAGAGUGAUGCGCAGGAGGCGGGUGUGGAUAUGUAUCUUGUUAAGCCGGUCAAGUUUGCGGAUAUCAAGAGGGUGUUUGGUGGGAAGUGA